AUGCUGCCCAAUAUCGAGUCCCACGAAGUGUCCUCUACACUUGCGCCAAGAGAUAUCCUGAUGCUGAGCCUACGUUCCAGCCAAGCUCACACCAACAUGAAAGUUGGUCGUACAAUUCAAGCCAACUCCGAUACCGAUCCCAUCUGCUCUUCCUCGUCAAUUGCGAUCAUGGAUCCAAUCACGUCACCCGAGCAAAACGAAGUCGGAGUCGUCAGCAAAGGUCGACAACUACAAACUUUUGAUGAAUUCAAGUUCUUCCCUAAGCUUCCGGUUGAGCUUCGUCUCAAAAUUUGGAAAGCCGCUCUCCCGGUUCCUACCACGAUCCAUGUCUGCGCAAGACUGUCGCCCAUGCACAAAGCUUCCAAAUGUACGCUCAGCUAUCAAGGCUACGCACAAAGAAUCAACAUAGCCACUCUUUCAAACAGCGGUAUGUCAUGCACUUGCCACGAAGCGAGAAAUGCCUAUGUCGCUGCCAUGCCGUCGACGAUCGAUCUUAUCAACACCCUAACAGGACGGUCUAUUGUCAUUCGGUUUGGGGUAGACGAUACACUUUAUCUGUUUGGUGCAAGCUCCCCAACAAUGCAUGAUUCAUUGUUUUGGGAUUUCAUGAGCGUCCAAAAGUGGACGAAGGAAGUCAAGAUGCUAAAGAUUUCGCUCCAUUGGGCUAGCAUGGGAGUCUGUAAGAGGUUUUUGGCGUGCUUUGAAGGGCUGGAAAAGGUUGAGCUAUCUCCUAUUCGUUGGGUGCCCACUCAGAAUAUGGAGGAAUUUACGAUGCUUACGAGGUGGUGGGGUAUGUAUGCGACUAAGAAGGAGCUUUUGGAGACCGCCGGAUCGGGUAGUGGCGGGACUAGAAAUCUUUCUCUUAUGGUGUACAUGAUGUGGAUCCGGAGGAAUUUCACUUGA